GUUCCAUUGUGUCAUUUUGAUGUUGCGCCUCUCUCUCUCUCUCUCUCUCUCCAUGUGUGUAUCUCACAGAUCAAGCACUCUUGUCUAUAAUUCCCAGCAUCACUUGAUCACAUCUUAGGGUUUUUCCCUCACACUUUAAUGUCAUGUUGAAGUUCAGCAUCGCCUUACAUACAAUUCACCCAUGUAUCUAACAGCUUCGAACACGACCUAAGCCUGAAACAAGUCAGAAUCCGAGACACGGCCAUGGGGGUCUCGUUCAAGGUCUCAAAAACCGGCACGAGGUUUCGACCCAAACCGGUCCAACCCGACUCCGCCGUCGAAGAAGACGGUGCCGGCGUUAAUCCGAAGGAAAUUGGUCGAAAUGAAUCUACUUCCACAUCCACUAAGAAGCUCGAGGUUGACGUCACCAGAGGGGAGGAGGAUGUUACAAUACCUGAGAGUGAAGUUUCUUUCACGCUGAACCUCUUCGCAGAUGGCUAUUCAAUAGGAAAUCCCUCAGAGGCAACCCUGCAAGAUGGUCAGAAGUUUAUACAUCCAUAUGAUAGGACUUCUGAAACUCUCUUCUCGGCAAUUGAGUCUGGCCGAUUGCCUGGAGAUAUCCUAGAUGACAUACCCUGCAAGUAUGUUGAUGGGAAGCUUGUGUGUGAGGUGCGAGAUUUUCGGAAGUGCACUUCUGGAGCAGGGCUUGCAGUUUCUUCUUCAAAUGGUCCUCCUGUUGUUGAUAAAGUUCAUCUUAGGAUGUCACUUGAGAAUGUGGUAAAGGACAUCCCAUCGAUCUCCGAUAGUACUUGGACGUAUGGUGAUCUAAUGGAAGUUGAGUCCCGGAUAUUGAAAGCCCUGCAGCCGCAACUUUGUCUAGAUCCUACUCCUAAGUUAGACAGACUCUGUGAUAACCCCAUUCCCACGAAGCUAAAUUUGGCUGUGUGUAGUCUACGGAGGAAAAGACUCAGACAGAUCCCAGAAAUUACCAUCACUCCUGACAAUAAAAUCCAUGGGAAAAAGGUCUGCAUAGAUAGGGUGCCUGAGAGCUCAAACUUCAGGUCUGUAGACGCAGGACCCAUGUAUGGCGCUGUCAUGUACCAGAAUGUGCAUGAGAAUCCUACUGCACAAAAUGUUGGUUCUAGUAAUUUGCUAGCAUCAAGAGCUAAAAGUUUUGGGCCAGAUGCUUCUGUGGCGUUGCCCAUAGUAUCUCACCAACCAAAAUAUCAACCGGGGGUAGGCAAUCCAAGAAUGAUGCAGGAUCAUGGGUCAGGGCUGAUUUCGAAUGCACCAGGAGCUUCUCCUUCUGGGCAGGACAUGAUGAUCUCUUAUGCCAACCAUGUGAACUCUAAUGUUUCUUCUGUUCAGGGUAAGAGAGAAAAUCAAGAUGGGCAGCUGUCACCCAUGUCCAGUGUGAAUAAGAGAGCAAGGCUUACAUCUUUGGGUCCUGAUGCAUAUCAACAGCAGCAUAUGGCACCACAUAUGGACAGCUUUCAGGGGUCAGAUUCACACUGGAAAGCUGCAUUGUUGCAGCAGCAGUCAAUUGCUAGAGGGAUUCAGUAUCCAAAUAAUGGCAUGAACAAGUAUCCCCAGCAGGUGUUUGAAGGGGGUUUAAAUCAUGAAGGUGGGAUGACACAGUUCACUGUGGCACAGCAGGGGAUGAGAAAUGCGAAGGAAGAGCCAGUUGAGACAGAGAGACUGGAAAAAACUGAACUGAACCAAAAUAACAACGAAAUGCACAUGUUGGAAGCAGAGAGAAAUCACAUUGAGCUCCACCAGUCACGACUACAGCAGAGGUUACCCCAACAUGGAUUAAUGAGAUCCAAUUUUCCACAAAGUCCAUGGAAUAAUCUUGGUCAGACUCUUGACAACAAUUUCAGGAAAGAGGACCAGUUUCCAAAAAGGAAAUCAGUACAAAGUCCUCGUGUUUCUACCGGGGGUUUGCCUCAAUCUCCUUUGUCCUCAAAAUCUGGAGAAUUUUCUAGUGGUUCAAUGGCACCCCAAUUUGGACCGGUUGCAACAUCUGCACUGGGAUUGUCUCAGAAGGAGAAAAUGGCAGUUACUCCUGUUCCUGCAGUUGGCGGAACAACAUCUAUGACGUCAAGUGCUAAUGAUUCCAUGCAGCGGCAACACCAGGCACAACUACAUAGCAAACGGAGAUCAAAUUCCCUUCCAAAGACCCAAGCAAUGAGUGGGGUUGGAUCUCCUGCCAGCGUCGGUAAUAUGAGCGUUCCACUAAACGCAAGCAGUCCUCCAGUUGGUACUCCGUCUUCGGCUGACCCAAUAAUGCUUGAUAGGUUCUCAAAGUUGAUUGAGAUGGUAGAUAGGAGGCAUCAGCUUAAUAGCAAGAAGAUUAAGGUGGAUGAGCAACCCAUCAAAAAACCUUCUACAUAUCCUGCCGAAAGCUUAUCGGUUCUUCUCUCCAGUGAUUCCAAUAACGAGGAUUUCAGAGAUGAAACAUGUACAAUGCCAUUGUCAAAAUCACUUGAAGGUGGUAGCAUGAAUGUUUGCAAGAUAAGGGUUUUGAAAUUUGUGCAGACUGAGCGCAUACCUCAAGGAAAUGGUUUUUCUAUUGUUCCUAGGACACGGACUAGAAUGAUCUUGUCAGGGAAACCAAAUGAUGGAACCAUAGCAAUGCACUAUGGAGACAUAGAAGAUAAUGAAUAUUGGGCUAUUGAGGAUUAUCUUCCUACUUUGCCGAAUGCUCAUAUUGCGGACUUGCACGCAUCACAAAUGAGCUCACUGAUGAUACGUGAAGGGUAUCAUGUGGAAGAUCACGUCCAACCUAAACCCGCCCGCCCUAAUCGUGCCUCAACUAGUCAAUCUAAUGCCACUGGAAUCAGUCAGAAUAAUGCAGGAGUAGAGAUGCAGCAAUAUUCAGAUCCAGUUUCUAGCCAACCCUCCAAUGAAGUUGCAAACCCAACUAAUAGUGGUAAUUCAUCACUAGCACAAACCCAGAAUCUACCAAGUUCAAGGAUGCUACCUCCUGGAAACGCUCAGGCCUUGCAAAACUCUCAAGGCCUCUUGGCUGGAGUUUCAAUCCCUGGUAGGCCCCAACAACUCGAGCCACAAUCAGUAUUGCAACAGCAUCAGCCACAAAACCAACAGUCCUUAAUGCAACAUCAACCUUCCCAGUUCCAGAGAUCGCCUCUUCUGGUUGCAGCAGCAAAUCAACUUUCUAACAUGAAUACAGUAGGGCAGAAUCCCAACAUGCCCCUGGGUAAUCACAUGGUUAACAAACACUCUCCACUCCAACUUCAGAUGUUACAGCAACAGCAGCAGCAGCAGCAGCAACAACAACAGCAGCAGCAACAACAGCAGCAGCAGCAGCAGCAGACACAAAUGCCGAGGAAAAUGAUGAUGGGACUUGGAACGGCAAUGGGAAUGGGAAAUAUGGGCAGCAACAUGGUUGGGCUUGGAGGAAUUGGCAAUGUCAUGGGUAUGGGGGGUCCAAGGGGGAUGGGAGGAACUUCUAUUUCGGCACCGAUGGGCCCAAUCUCGGGCUUGGGCAACAUAGGCCAGAACCCAAUUAAUCUGGCUCAGGCCUCGAGUAUUAGCAACGCCCUAACCCAACAACUUCGUUCUGGGGCUUUAACACCAGUACAAGCACAAGUCCUGGCCUCUAAACUUAGAUUGACGCAUAACAGAUCAUCAAACAUGUUGGCUGGCCCUCAGUCAAGUAUAGGCGGGAUUUCAGGAGCUAGACAGAUGCACCCGGGCUCCGCUGGCAUUUCAAUGCUCGGCCAGACCCUAAAUCGGGCUAACCCUAAUCCCUUGCAGCGAACAACUAUGGGGCCCAUGGGACCACCAAAGUUGAUGUCAGGGAUGAACCUUUACAUGAACCAGCAACCACAACAACAACAGCAGCAGCAGCAUCAGCAGCAACAGCAGCAGCACCAGCAACAGCUGCAGUUACAGCAGCAGCAGAUACAGCAACAGCAACAGCAACAACAACAACAGAUGCAGCAGCAGAUGCAACAGCAGCAAUUCCAGCAGCAGGAAACAAACUCACCCCUACAAGCUGUUGUUUCACCACCACAGGUGGGGUCGCCCUCAACUCUGGGUAUUCCGCAGCAACUAAACCCACAAUCCCAGCAGCAGCAGCAGCAAGCUAGCCCACAGCAAAUGGGCCAGAGGACUCCUAUGAGCCCACAACUGAGCUCGGGGACUUUGCAUCCCUUGAGUGGUGGAAAUCCUGAAGCUUGUCCCGCGAGCCCUCAGUUGAGUUCACAGACCCUUGGCUCAGUGGGAAGUAUCACUAAUUCGCCAAUGGAGCUACAAGGUGUGAACAAGAGUAACUCUAUGAAUAAUGCAUGAGUUAAUGACCACCAAAGCUUGGUUUCAAUUCACCUUAGUAAUGCUGCUGUAGCUGUCCAUGGUUCAAAGCCCCACUUCUUUUCCUAUCAGUUAGAGAGGAGAUCAACCAGGUGAUUCUUAUAUCAUGCCGAAGAAAUAAUAUCAUACUCAGGUGCUCCUUGAUGAGGAUGUUCAAUUCCUUUGUGGGGGUUUCUGUUGGGUUUUCCAAACCUGCCAAGAAAUAAAUUGAGAAUUUAAGCCAAGUACAUUGGGCAUAUGAUAUUCCCUUUUCCUUCGGUGUCGAUUAUGUAAGCUGGUCACCUUUCUUAAUAUAUGUACCAAUUAGGUUUAGGAAUCUGCAGGUUUGUAUUUGUAGAAGGAAUGAGAAUGGUGUUGUAACAAAAGAAUUUCCUGAUUUCAGUUUGAUUUUCUAUUAUACUGAUGUGGAAAGUUGAAUAAA